CCAUAACUAAGCAUAAGACCUACAGUAGCUUACAUUAACCAACGACCUCCAACAGCGACACAGAGAAAUUGAGGUCGACAACAAUGGCUGAGCUUGAGAGGCCUGAGGUGAUGUCCAAGGUCAUAACCUUCCUGUCCUCUCUUUUCCAGCGCGUGGCAGAGUCCAACGACGUCGCAUGCCAAUUCGAGACGCAGAAGAUCUCCGUCUUCCACGGCCUCUCCAGGCCCACCAUCUCCAUCCAGGGCUACCUCGAAAGGAUCUUCAAGUACGCCAAUUGUAGCCCGUCUUGCUUCAUCGUUGCCUACGUUUAUCUCGACCGAUUCACGCAGCGGCAGCCCUCGCUGCCCGUCAAUUCUUUCAAUGUUCAUCGCUUGCUCAUUACCAGUGUAUUGGUCUCUGCAAAGUUCAUGGAUGACAUGAAUUACAACAAUGCUUACUAUGCUAAAGUUGGAGGAAUCAGCACCACAGAAAUGAACCUUCUUGAGGUGGACUUCUUAUUUGGUUUGGGCUUCCAAUUAAAUGUGACACCCACAACCUUUUAUACCUACUGUUCUUACCUCCAAAGAGAAAUGCUGCUCAAAUCCCCUCCACAUUUCGUGGAACUUCCUCUAAAUUUGGGAAGACCUCUAAAGUUCCAUUGCUGCUUCAAUGAAGAUGAUUCCACCCAUCAUAAGCAACUAGCUGUUUAGGCACUUUUGCCCACUAUUUUGUGUCUUAAACUUGUAGGAUUUUGGUAUUACUUAUUUGGACUUAGCCGGCCUGCAACUUAAUUUGUAAGAAAUUUCUAUUUAGUUUGCAACCAGGGAGUCAAACUUUCCCGUUUGAUUUCUUAGGCCCAUUUGUCCAUGGUCUCAUUGUAUAAACUCAAGCUCGCUUUGCCUGAGUUCCUACAUAUUCCCACUGUACUUGAUUCUGUUUAAUGAUAUCGAUUUCUUUUUUGGUUA